AAACCAUCUUUGGCACGAAUCUGUUUAGGGGGCAACUAGAUAAUGGCAGCUUAGAUGACAAUCUAGACUGUGUUUUUCAUUUGAUCCCCCCACUCAAGUUAAAUUAUAGUUUUAUUCGUGCAAUGGCUCUUGAAACUGAAAAUGCUCCCGAAGCGGAGGCAGAACCUGGAUCUCGAAAUGAAGGAGAGGAAGAAGAAGAGACUGAACAGCUUCUGCCCGACACAACGAUUGUUACACACUGCAUCUACAAGAACGAUCCACAGAGACUUGUCAAGUGUUUUGAGGAUGACACAGAUCCAUAUAAAGAAGAGAUUGCAGAGCUGCUUAACGAGAGAGACGAUGACGGGAAAUCCCCACUAGAUGUCGCUGCGUGUUUGGGCAGGAUAGAACUCACGAGAGAGCUGCUUCACAGAGGUGCUGACAUCAACGAAUUUACCCAAAAAGGCUACUCAUGUCUACAUUUUGCUGCGGCCUGGGGUCGGCUACCAGUCCUGAAACUACACAUCGAGCACGGCGGUAACCUGCAACAGCGGAACACCCACGGCGAGCGGCCGCGAGAAACGGCCAUGAGAUACACACAGAUGGAAUGUGUGGACUAUUGUGCCAAAGCUAUGCUCCAGGAGUGUAUCCGCACCACUCAGGAAUCCAUCACAGAUGCCGACAAGGCAGUGGCUGGGAGAAUCACAAAAGAAGAAAGAAACAUUGCCUUAAACACCUGCAAAGAGAAGCAGGAGUGGUUAGACAACAGCCCAGAGCCCACCACCCAGGACUUCCUGUCUCAUCGCGUGGCUCUGCUGGAGAUCUGUACGCCCGUCGUACAGAAAUUGAGCGAACCCCCCCCUGAGAAAGGUUCAGCUGCCAGGCCGAGGUCUAAAACCCGAUCCAAAUCUGGCAAGAAGAGUGCUGGUCCACAGUUCAAUCCCCAGAAAGGCAAGAAAAAAGGUAAAUAACUCUUGCCGGGAGACACACUGCGGCACGGAAGUUCACAUGUUGAUCAUGGACUCAACACCUCCAAAGAUGUUUUUCCUUGUCUUUGCUGAUUCCGUCCCUCAUAACAGAGUUUACCCAAAGUUUUGUACUGUAUUUUGUUGUUUUUUCUCCAGAAGGAAUUAUUAAACUUUUUUCAGAACAGCAGUUUU